GAGCGCCAAGCCGGCCGCCAUGGCCGGGGUCAGCUACGCGGCGCCCUGGUGGGUGAGCCUCCUGCACCGGCUCCCCCACUUGAACCUGCAGUGGGAGGUCACCAGCAGCCGGUUCCGGCCCGAGGACAGCGACUACCAGCAGGCGCUGCUGCUGCUGGGGGCGGCCGCGCUGGCCUGUCUCGCCCUGGACCUCCUCUUCCUCCUCUUCUACUCCUUCUGGCUGUGCUGCCGGCGACGCAAAAGCGACGAGCACCUGGACGCCGACUGCUGCUGCACCGCCUGGUGCGUCAUCAUCGCCACGCUGGUGUGCAGCGCCGGCAUCGCGGUGGGCUUCUAUGGAAACGGAGAAGCCAGCGACGGCGUUCACCGGACCACCUACUCCCUGCGCCACGCCAACCGCACGGUGGCGGGGGUCCAGGACCGCGUGUGGGACACCGCCGCGUCCCUGAACCGCACAGCCGAGCCCAACCUGCAGAGCCUGGAGCGGCAGCUGGCCGGCAGGCCGGCGCCCCUGCGGGCAGUGCAGCGCCUGCAGGAGCUGCUCAGGGUGCUUCUGGGCCACACGGCUGCCGUCCCCUUCUGGAGGAACCCCGCCGUGUCGCUGGAGGCGCUGGCAGAGCUGGUGGACCUCUACGACUGGUACAGGUGGCUGGGGUACCUGGGCCUGCUCCUGCUGGAUGUGACCAUCUGCCUCCUGGUGCUAGUGGGCCUCAUCCGGAGCUCCAAGGGCACCCUGGUCGGGGUGUGCCUGCUGGGGGUACUAGCCCUCAUCAUCAGCUGGGCCUCCCUGGGCUUGGAGCUGGCCGUGUCUGUGGGCUCCAGCGACUUCUGUGUGGACCCCGACACCUUCGUGACCAAGAUGGUGGCGGAUCACUCGGUGCUCCGUGAGGACAUCUUACAGUACUACCUGGCCUGCUCCCCGAGAGCCGCCAACCCCUUCCAGCAGAAGCUGUCCGGCAGCCACAAGGCGCUGGUGGAGAUGCAGGACACCGUGGCCCAACUCCUCAAGUCGACCUCUCGCGAGACCCCGGCCACCAAGGACCCCCUGCUCCGCAUCCAGGAGGUGCUGAACAGCACGGAGGUAAACCUGCAGCACCUCACGGCCCUGGUGGACUGUCGCAGCCUGCACCUGGACUACGUGCAGGCCCUGACCGGCUUCUGCUACGAUGGCGUGGAGGGCCUCAUCUACCUGGCUCUGUUCUCCUUCAUCACUGCCCUCAUGUUCAGCUCCAUCGUCUGCAGUGUCCCGCACACCUGGCAGUCCAAGAGAGGUCCUGAGGAGGACGAGGAGGACGAUACGGCCCCGGGACCCCGGCAGGCCCCCGACAGCCUCUACCGCGUGCACAUGCCUAGCCUGUACAGCUGCGGGAGCAGCUACGGCAGCGAGGCCAGCAUCCCGGCCACGGCCCACACCGUCAGCAACGCGCCUGUCACCGAGUACAUGAGCCAGAAUGCCAACUUCCAGAACCCUCGCUGUGAGAACACCCCACUCAUCGGACGUGAGUCCCCACCGCCCUCAUACACAUCCAGCAUGAGAGCUAAGUACCUGGCGACAAGUCAGCCUCGCCCCGAUUCCAGCAGCAGCGGGCACUAGGCCGUGCCCCCAGCACCGCCCCCAUGUGCCAAUCCCACGCCGCCCUUCACCAGGAGGGCCGCUGGAGCCCUGCCUGCCUUCCCGCAGGGCACAGACGCCACCAGCUGCUGGGGCCACCGCUGCGCCCAUGUCUGGCCCCACACGGCGGCAUGCCUGCCUGCCCCAGGCCUUCCAAGCUGGCUCCAUGCCGGGCUCUGUCCCUGGCACCCCCGCACACUGUCCACCUGGCUGCCGCACUCGCCACCCCGCGCCUGCUGGACCCCAGGCUGUCCUGCCUGUGGCCACACCCCCUCAGCCUCUCCCAGCCCCGAGCUUGCUCCUGGGCCCAGGUCCUCAGGGGUGCAGGCCGGAGCACACCACUUCUCCAUCCUCCCACGUGAGGAUACUCCUGCCAUCUCCACCUGGCAGCUGGCCAGGGGCUUCUGGGUCAAGGGUUGUGCCCCCUCCCAUGGCGGCCGACCUUCCCCUCUCUCUGAGCCCCUGCCAGGCUGCCCACUGCUCCCCUCUUUCCCACAGCCGUCUCUCUCCCAAGGACCCGCCUGACUGCUUGACUCCCAGCCCCCUGAGCUGGGGGACCCAGCCUCUGUUCUUGGUGCCAAAUCCCCACCCUGCCCUGCCUGUCCCACGCCCAGUGGACAGGUCUUCUGCACUAACCAAGCUGUCGUUUCUAGGCGGGGGGCCGAGAGCCGGCCACCCAUCUCCCUCUCGGUUCCAUCUUCAUGCAGGACCGGUGGACACGGUGCCUGGGAGUGCUCUCUGGGGUGGCACCGAGCUGGCCAUGAUGUCCCUUCAGCCCGGCCACCCCUCCCAGUACUAACCACUAACCUCACUCCCAGCACAGUGGACACCAGGUCAGGGGACUGUGUUGUCCAGACCGGAGCAGAGGCCGGUGCGAGCCAGGGCAAAGACCCACAUCCCCACAGGUGCAAGGGGAGGGCGGAGACCCCUCCCCCUCCCCAGGCAGGGCCCGCUGCGGAGGCCCAGGUCCCUGGGUGGGCGGCCCUGCCUGGCCCAGUCUUCCUUCCCGUGAAGUGCGAACACGCUUCCGACGGUGCUCCCGGCUUUAGCGUGCACUGUUUGCUCCGCUCUCCAAGGCCGCACCAGCCCGGCCUGGGUGUGUGUGGGGGUCCCCACCACCCUACUGGUUGGCCAGGGCAACCCCCCAUGCCCAGGGGUGGGCCCAGGUUUACAGAGCCACCCUCUGUCCAGAAGCGACCUCUGCCGCCAAGCCUCCACAAUCCCCUCUUCUCCUGUGCUGGUGUCUGGGACCAAACGAGGGAGGGGGGUACUUGGUCCCCUCCAGGGGACAGCUAUGCCCUGCAUGAGGAGGGGUCAGGCCUGCGGUGGUGGACUCUGCCCUGCGCCCCCGCGGACCGCCUGGACGAGACCCUGGGGAGUCGGAGUUAGCCCCGAGACCUUGCCCAGCCCCGGCUGCCCGCCGGCCGUAGGGUGGCGAGGCUGGACAGCGGGCCUCCGCCCAGAAGCACAAGCAGCCGCCUUGCCCACUGGACUGCACGUCAGGUUGUGGCUGGGGGUCCCCGGGCGGCGCCGCCACCGGCAGUUCUGGUUCCCAAGAGAUUAUGGUGGGGAAAGGAAAUCUGAAUUCAGACCCGACCCUCAGCCCUGUGAUGCGUAGGGGGUGGGGGGACAUGUCCACGUGUGUGUUCUGUGCCCCAGUGCCCUGAGUCCAUGUCACCUCGCACCUGGGGUCCUCACGACAGCGAUGCCCAUGUCCCCCACCAUCUCCCUCCCUGCACCAGGGACCUCCCCCCUCGCAGGUGGGCCAGACAAGAAGGUGGGGUGUGGCAGGGGCAUGGCCACUGGCAGGGAGGGGCUCCUUGGCCCCGCCCCCGGCCCUGCUGAGGCCAGGCUGUUAGUGAAGUGACCCCGGCCAUUCGCCCCUGACCCCACCAUCUCACUAUGCAACGUCAUCCCGUACCCAUCUCCACCCUCCCUCGGGCUGCCCAUCCCCUCCCGCCCAGGAGCUGAGGCUGCCGGGUCCAGCGGAGAGGGAGGACGGGCCUUGUGGGUGUGCUUCUCUCGGUGUUUGGCCGUCACCCAUGUUUGUUACAUAUGUAUGAUUUGUCCGACUCCUGAGCCUGGUUCACACAUACCCCACCCCACACCCUGCAUCGAACCCCCCCUCCCCAUCCGCCAUCGUAAUCCGUUACCGAGGCCCAGAACAUCUGCCUCUGCCCCUCCAGCCACGGCUGAGGAUUCUGUCUCUGUGUUUCUGGGUUUAUUUUGACUUUUUUUUAAAUCUUAUUUUUAACUGGUUUGGGGGUUAGGGGCUUUAAUUUUCUGGGUGAGUACUAAACUCGCCGAUGGAAUUUCUGUGGUUUCUAUUCAGCUUGGGUUGAAUGUUUUCAAAUAAACACAUUUGGAAAACUG